AGAAAUUCAUAAUUUAGAGAAAGAGAUGAAUGACAAAGUGUAUCCAUCAGCGAAGCCCACUGCCAACGGCGGCGGCGGCGCUCCCACCGCGGCGAACCCGGCGUUCCCGACGAACAAAGCGCAGUUCUACAACUCCCCUCGGCCGACCACCGCCGCGGCUGCUGCUGCUCGUGCUGCCUCUGGUCGACUCUCGCGGCGGCUGCUGCUGCCGCGAGUUCGCCAACUCGCAGGCCCUCGGCGAUCACCAGAACGCGCACAAGAAGGAGCGGCAGCAGCUCAAGCGCGCCCAGCUGCAGGCCAGCCGCGACGCCGCCGCCUCCUACAUGCGCAACCCCAUGGUCUCCCCUCUCUCGGCCGAUCCUCCUCCACCUUGAAAGAUUCCGAGUUCCCCGCCUCCGACGGCCGGAAAUACGAGUGUCAAUACUGCUGCCGCGAGUUCGCCAACUCGCAGGCCCUCGGCGAUCACCAGAACGCGCACAAGAAGGAGCGGCAGCAGCUCAAGCGCGCCCAGCUGCAGGCCAGCCGCGACGCCGCCGCCUCCUACAUGCGCAACCCCAUGGUCUCCCCUCUCACUGCCGAUUCUCUCCACGCUAUACACAAUUUAAAAGCUCGACAACAAUAUAAGAGAAACUUCAAAGGAGUUUUACCUUGAUGAAGCACGGUCGUAUGUUGCCAACGACGUCUCUACUACUGUUGUUUCCAGCAAACCACCGGCGAAAGAAGAGGAGAAAAAGGAAGAAAUGAAACACGAAAUAAAGAAAAGAAAGAAGAAGGAGAGCGGUUGUUGCUAUUCACAAGAGAUUAUAGGCUUUAUUUAUAGGUAGAGAUAGCUACCAAAUCCCUGAACUUAGCCGCCGAAGAGUGGAGUUCCAGCUAUUCUUCCAACUAUGAACUUCACUCCAUUUCGAUUAGUGGAGCAUGGGUUAAUGAUAAAAGCUGUUUAGUGGUGGGGAUAUGGUGAUUUCGGUAGUGGAUUUGGGGA